AUGCUCCCUCAAUCGGCUUUUCGAGUGCAGCUGUCUGCCUCGACCUCUCGGUACUUAAUUGGUGCACGUCGUCCCUUCUCUGGAACUUCGCCAACCUUUAACAGCCAAAACAUCACCGAUUUAGCCUCAACCCCGAUCAAUCCACGAUGGCUCACAAUGACAAAGCGAAGGAUUGGGAAGUGCAUGAUGUUUGGGCUGAAACCACCUCAGAUUGACGAGGGAGGAAAGAUUCUACAGCAAUUGGCCAAGGAAUGGCGAGAAAUCAUCGCUGGAAGUGAGGGAUUCCUCACAGAUAAGAAACGGCGAGGUCACGUCAAUAACGUUACCUAUGUUCGAUACGCCGAAACAGCUCGAGUGAACUGGACGCGCAAUAUCGGUAACCAUAUCGAUAUUGCAAAUAGGAAAGAAUGGUUAGACAUGCUUGGUAGUACGGGGAUAGGGCUCAUUCUGAAGAGUAUCAAGGUGGACUACAAAUUUGUACUGUAUUCUCCAAACCCGAAACCCACAGCGUUGGGAACUGAGCCUAUUUACUUACUCACUAUCACACAGCCCAUGGAAUCUCCAGACAAAAUUACCGUCUACCACAAGCUGAUCCCAGACCCAUCUGAGUAUCUUUCAUCCCAGUCGGCAUUCCAACUCGAAGUCAUGAUCUUGUCUGAAGCCCGCCAACGCCCUGCUGCUCGUUGCUUGGAGGAUAUUGUCAUCUAUGAUUACAAAAAGAACCGCAAGACUAUCAAUAUCCCGCCUUUUGCCUUGGAGCAGUUUAAGACUAUCUGGAAGCAGCAGGAGCAGGAAAAGGAGAAAUGGACGCAGCGUAUUGCUGAGAUCGAAAAUCGGGUCCGGAAUCUUGAGCUUGAGAGCUGGGAUCGGGUCGAUGCUGUGGAGGACAACGGAUCUGCGCCACAAUGA